CCACGACCAUGAAUGAAGGGGCGUCCAUUUGUCGCCUCGGUCCAGCUUACUUUCCGAUACUUGCAAGGUCGAAGUGACCAAGAACACCUCACAUUGUACCAUCCUUUAGGCCUUGGGGUGACACAUCACAUUAGUGUGGCUAACAUCACCAUGGGGUAUGUCGGCCUUUCCAGAGCCGUCUAAUACUUUAUGAAGACGUCCUGAUAUUCUGGCAGCUAUGCCUUUAAUAUUGUUCAAGUUUCCUAGUAAGAAAAGAUCCUGAUGAAAGAUGACUGCCUGCUGUGCACAA